AUGUGCCAAUCCGACCUCCAUGACUUCCUCCACGGCCUCCCCAAAUGCGAACACCACGUCCAUCUAGAAGGCUGCCUAACCCCAGACCUCAUCUUCGAACUGGCCCAAAAGAACAACGUCCAACUCCCCAAUGAACCAGCCUACGAGUCCAUCGACACCCUCAACCACCGCUACGGCCAUUUCACCUCCUUAGACGACUUCCUCCGCUUCUACUUCAUCGGCAUGUCUGUUCUCCACCACGAAUCCGACUUCGCAGACCUCGCCUGGUCCUACUUCCAAAAAGCCCACGCCGACGGCGUCCAUCAUGCCGAGGUCUUCUUCGAUCCUCAGGUCCACCGUGACAGAGGCAUUCCUUACGAGACUAUCGUCUCCGGCUUCGUGGCCGGUUGUCAGCGCGCUGAGAAUGAAUUGGGUCUGACGACCCGUCUCAUCCUCUGCUUUGUGCGCCAUCUCCCCGUUCAUUCGGCUGAGAAGGUCUACCGUGAGGCCCUGGAGCAGCGCCACUUCGACGAUGGGGUCCUCCACGGACUAGGCUGGUCCUCGACGGAAGUCGGUCCGCCAAAGGAUAUGUUCAGGGAACUGUACUCCUCCGCCUCCGCGAAGGGGAUCAAACUUACGGCCCACGCCGGCGAAGAAGGUGAUCCGUCGUAUAUCAGCACGGCGCUGGAACUAGGUGCCCAGCGCAUUGAUCAUGGAAUCCGCCUGGUUGAGGACCCCGAGCUUAUGGAAAGGGUGGCGAGGGAGGAGGUUUUGUUGACGGUCUGUCCGAUUUCGAAUCUGCAGCUGCGGUGUGUGGAGUCUAUUGAUCAGGUUCCUGUGAGGAGGUUUUUGGAUGCCGGUGUUAUGUUCUCGAUUAAUAGUGAUGAUCCGGCGUAUUUUGGGGGGUAUAUUUUGGAUAACUAUUGUGCUGUGCAGGAGGCGUUUGGGUUGAGCGUUGGGGAGUGGAGGGUUAUUGCUGAGAAUGGGAUUAGGGGGAGUUGGAUUGGGGAGGAGAGGAAGGGGGAGUUGUUGAGGCGUGUUGAUGAGCAUGUUAAUUCCCUCUCCAUCAUCUCCAUCACCACCCUCGUCUCCCGAGCAAGUUCCCGUAUUUCCCCCGCCACACCAUCAGUGCUACUAAGCUCCCAAACCGCUCUUUCCAAAGACACCAACGCCCCGGACAAAGCCCUGAUUUACCCUCCCAAAGAGGCCCACUCCGACUCCCUGGAACCUCCUCAUCCCGACUGA